AUGAGCACAAUUCCUCGCAUCAUUGACAGUGAUAGCGACAGCGAAGACGACGUCCCGCUCUCAGCAUUGCGUUCCAAACUUACGGUGACGAAGAAGGAAGUGAAGAUUUCUGCGGAUACUGAAGUAAAGAAAGAGGUAGCGCUACCUGAGGUAAAUGGAGUGAUCCAGGGCAAGCGACAGAUAGGGCCAAGCAGCGACAGUGAUGACGAUAUUCCGAUCAGUUAUCUGGCAAAGCGCAAGAAGAUUAAGGUUGAGCCAAAAUGCAAGGUGGAAAGUGUGCAGGUCACCAUGCUAAGCUCUCGGUCCACACCAAGGAACACAUCACGCAAGAUGAAAAAGAGAGUCAUAAAGAUUAAAAUUCGACAACAGGAGUGUACAGAAGAGCUGUAUGAGUCGCUAAAGGGUCGAUUGGUUCAGGAGCUGUUAUGUCGUUGGUGGUACGCCAUGAAGUGGCCACCUGUUAAAAAAACAGUAACGAAACUUCACGGCGUACAGGAACUCGACGGGUAUCCCGGUGCCUUUAUUCGCGUCAAGGGUGACGAUCUAGGCUCUAUUAUCGACACUCGGUCAUCAAUUGGAAAGCCUUCAUUCUUGCAUUUUUUUGCCAUGCCUUCGGACGAGUUGUUAAAGCUGCUGCUUCUUGCAUACGACAAGCAAAUGGAAGUGCUAGUUGAACACGAGGGUCCAGACAUUCCUCUUGUAAAGGAAUUGCAGAAAGCACGCGCUUCUGCGGCCCGCAUCAACGUAGACAAGGCGGAUCGUAGUGCUCAUACGGUUUUGAAAAAAUUUGCUGAGCUACAGCGGGAAAUCGAAGAGCAUCAAGGACUGAAAAUAGUACUUUAG